UGCAAGUUAAAUUGCCUCAUCCUUCAAGAGAUUCAAGGAAGGCAAAACUUGUACGUGUCUCUGAGUCUGAAGACUAUUAGCAAAUCAGUAUUAUUCGCCUUUCUCUGCUGCCUCUUGGCAGCACCAGGGCCGCUCACCAAUUUAUAUAGGAUGCACUCUCCUGUCAUAGUUACUCUGCAGUUACUCUUAUUUUUUUCUCUGCUUUCUUCUAUCUAUGCCUCUGAAGCUGAUCAAGAAAGGUAUUUCUUCUGUGAUAGCACUGGUAAUUACACUACCGGGGGCAUCUAUGGGCAAAAUGUAAACAUCACUCUCACUUCACUUGCUGCAAAUGCUUCUUUUGAUGGCUUCUCUAUCACCACAGUCGGCCAGGGCUUAGAUGUGGUUAAUGGACUUGUUCAAUGCAGAAGUGAUGUCUCCCAAGAAGAUUGCCAAACUUGUGUAGAUACUGCAGCUAAAGAAAUCAGCCAGUUCUGUCCAAACAAGAAAGAAGCCAUGAUUGGCUACAAUAAUUGUUCUUUGCGGUAUUCGAACUGGCGCUUCUUUUCAACAGCCAGUAGCUCUCCUAUUUUUGCUUUUUAUAAUAAAGCGAAUGCAACUGACCCAGAUCAUUUUAAUACUCAGUUGGCAAACUUGUUAAGAAAUCUCUCAUCCACAGCUGCAUCUAACGCUUCAAAAUUCGCUGUCAAUAGCACCAGUUACUCAGCUUUCAGUGAUAUAUAUGGUAUGGUACAGUGCACCAGAGACUUGCCAGAAAGUAGGUGCUCGAGUUGCUUGCAAGCAAUCAUCAGUUUUAUACCACAGUGCUGUAAUCAAAAGCAAGGUGCUCGGAUAUUCACAAUGAGUUGCAACCUUCGCUUUGAGUUAUAUUCCUUCUUUCUGACAUCGUCACCCCCGAUUUCUCGAAUACUGUCUCCACCAUCUGUUUCUCCGCUUGAGCCCAAUUUAACUCCUGGUGUAACAACAACUAAAACCAGUGCUGAUGGUAAGUUUUGCUGGGAAGAAAAGCACUUCAAAAACCACUGUGGUUGUAGUUGUAUCCAUAGCAACCGUGGCAUUGCUGGUGACACUCAUAGUCUGUGGUUGUUACUUUUGGAGAAAGGCCAAGAAAAAAGCAGCUGUCUUUGGUUGUCACAAAAAAUUCAAACUGAGGUUAUGUCUUGUCCAUAUUCAGAUGUUAAUGACGAUUCUGAGAAAAACAUGGAAUCUCUCUUGAUUGGACUUGAUACCCUUAAAGCUGCAACAAGAAACUUCUCUGAUGAAAAUAAACUUGGACAGGGUGGUUUCGGUCCCGUUUUCAAGGGAAAAUUGUUUGAUGGGGGAGAAAUUGCAGUGAAAAGGAUGUCAAGCAACUCGAGGCAAGGUGUGGGAGAGCUGAAAACGGAAGUAAUGUUGGUUGCUAAACUGCUGCACCGCAACCUGGUAAAGCUGUUGGGUUUCUGUUUAGAAGGAGAAGAGAAGCUUCUUGUAUAUGAAUACCUGCCUAAUGGAAGCUUGGACAAAAUUUUAUUUGAUCAGAGCAAAAGGUUCAGCCUGGAAUGGGAAAGACGAUACAAAAUUAUUGUUGGGAUUGCAAGAGGUCUGCUUUAUCUGCAUGAAGAUUCUCAGCUCAGGAUCAUUCACCGGGAUUUGAAAGCUAGUAAUAUUUUGUUAGAUGAGCAGAUGAAUCCUAAGAUAUCAGAUUUUGGUUUAGCAAAACUAUUUGGCGAAAGCCAGACUAAAGGCAAUACAAAUCGGAUAGCUGGAACAUAUGGGUACAUGGCUCCGGAAUAUGCUAAGAAUGGAUACUUUUCAACCAAGUCUGAUGUCUAUAGCUUUGGUGUCUUGGUUCUGGAAAUAGUAACAGGUCGAAAAAGCAAUGGCUUCAGCAAUUCAAUAAAUCUUCAAAGUCAUGCUUGGGUACAUUGGACCAAUGGAACAGCUUUAGAGCUGUUAGAUCCAGUCUUGAAUGAUCAGUGGCCAAGGUUUGAAGUUUUGAACUGCAUUCACAUCGGAUUGUUAUGUGUUCAGGAAGCUGCAGCUAGUAGACCUUCAAUGUCCGAGAUUAUCACGAUGCUUUGUAGUCACUCUAUGACGGCUCCAGCGCCUUCACUACCAGCAUUUUUCAUCUCAAGAGAAAAUUUUACAACCGAUUCAGCUAACGAUUCUGGUUCAUCCCAAUCUGCAGAUCCUAUGCCAGAUUCGAUACAACGAUCUGUAAAUGAGGUUACAAUCAGUGAAUUACCCCCUCGCUGAUGCUGAGCUUUUAGGUAGAAGCCAUAAUCUCAAAUGUUUUAUCUUCCUAAGACACUAAGCAGCAUUAAACAAUGUUGCUCUUACUCAACAGUCAUUCU